AGACAUAAGAAUGUUCGGUCAAGGUUCGUACAUUUUGCAACUGUCUUCUGAAAAAAAGGAAACAUCCGUUUCAAAAUUCAAAAGAAUGGGACAUGCAAACAAUUUAAACACAAGUAACUCUGGUAGGCAGGCCAACACUGGUGACGGAAUUCCGGGCAAAAAAAGGGUUUCCAUUUACCGUACUCUAUACCUCAGUUAAUGUAGUAUAAUAUACCAUGCUUUCUGGUAACUACAAGUUCAAUAAGUAUGUGUGCGUAUACCCUACACACACGCGUAUGAUUUGUCACCAUCACAUCAUGAACACUCUCAAAGCAACGUGAAAAUGCCAACACUAAAAAGAAUAUUUACACAAAAAUAUCUUACAUUAUUGCCCGUUCGUUUUCUAAGCGUCCGCUGAUUUCCAAGAAACUCCCGGAGGGACGGGAAACAAGUCUAGUGAUCAGCGCACUUCCAACUAAUGGUGGCGCUUUCUACUUUUUCCCCAUUAAUUUUAGUGUUUCUUGAAAAAAAAAACAAUACGGUACCAACCGGACUGGGAGUCUGGAUGUCAACUUGCGCAGAAAAAAUGCCGAAGAACAUGCUCCCAACAACUAUUUGUGAGAUUUUAAUAGCGUUGGUGAAGGACAAUCCAACACUGUAUGACGUCAGAGAUAAGGAUCACAAAAAUGCUGCCCAAAUUGCACGCAUAUGGAAGAGAAUUGCUGACCAAAUUAACUACCAGGAAAGGGAUGGCGAUUACUGGAAAAAGCGCUGGAGAAUGCUCCGUGACACCUACGUUCGCAAACGGAGAACUAUCAAGACAAAGAAAAGCAGGCGAGAUGCCUCACGUGCUGCCAUGUGGAGGUUUUACGAGAUGAUGGAUUUCUUAGCAUCUCACACAGACCAGAAUGUAGCUGGCGGCACCAUCAGUGGCCAGAAUGACACCGUGGUGACUCUGGAAGUUGAAGAAAUCAAUGACGAGGAUGCUCUAGACUUAGCAAGCAUUGGAGAAGGAAGCGACAGGAUUGAUCUUGUUGAGAAGUCUUCAUGCACCAUUCCGUUUCUGGUAAAUGCUCCCUUGUCUCACAGCAAGAGGCCGUCCAGGAAAAGAAACAAAGAUAGACAGGACCUUGUCGGUGCAUUCCCUGACCCGUGUGGGGCAAACACAGGUGGAUUAAGAGCGAGUUCACCACCCGCCAAGGAUGAAGACGAAAUGUUCUUUGAGAUUUAUGCGCGACGGUUGAAACAACUCCCACCGCACCUGAAGAGCGUUGUGCAAUUCCAGAUUGCGCAGCUCUUUUUCAAUGCAGAAAAUCCACACCUCCCCCAGCAAGCCAUCAUGCCCCUCCCAUGAAGGAAGCUUAGCAAGACGAACAGUGGUGUAACAAUGCUUCACUUGGCAAGGGGGGCUCUUUUAAGGUUUGGUGGUCUGAUGUCUCCCUCCCCGGUACACAGUUGUUCAUUUCUUCACAGUGCGACUUUUGAAGGACUUCAUUUGGAAAGUGUGGAGGUUGAAAGUCAACUCCAGAAAUACAUAAACAAUGUCAGAGACAAUUCCUUGUUGCUAUCAUGUAUAAUGUGCAGUGAACAAUAACUUUCUCAGAGCUUGGAAUUUGCAUGUUUUCCUAAUUUGGGGCAUGUGUAGGUUUUACUGUAAAUUUGUCUGCAUGAAUGUUAUAACUUUGGGCUAAAUUCACUACAAAAAUUAUUUAUUGUAAAUUUGGCAAAGAGUCUUUUUGCCAGUAUGUCAUUUUUACACUUGGGUCUGCCUCAGGCUUUAGACUGGUUUAACAUAUAAUGUUAAAGAGCACAGAUAUAUGAUUCAGCAACUUGAGUACGAGCACACCACUGUAAGCAUCUUAUUGCAAUUUUUGUAAAUCCAAACACUUGCCAAAGACAACUUGCUCCAUGCAUUGUCGGACAACCUGCUCCAUGCAUUGUGGAACAACCUCAAUGUAAUUUAUUGCUUCACACUCAACAACUGAGUAGAUCUGUUGGUUCAUAUAAUGCACAUUCCUCCUACCUGCAGUUUUUUAUUUACGGAAAGUAUUUCAUUCAUUGGACACAAACCUCAUGAUUUCCAAAGAGCAACUCAUAAACUAGGGUACGUUGUAAACUUUUACCACUCUUAACGUACGUGUAACUCAAAGGUGUUGGUGUCCUACUUAAAUUCAUAGUUUUAUGGAUAAAAUGAAUAUAUGUACAUGUAUUGCUCUGGACAACCUGCAGGUUUCUAAAUAAUGUUUUACUAAAUUUGGUUCUUUUCAUAAAACUGUACUUACCAAAUCUCAUUGUUUUGACGUAUUAUCAUGUAGCUUUAUAGCUUAGAUCCAUGGAGAAUUCCAAAAUACAUUCUUGGACAGAACUGCAUUUUA